AUCCCGCAGCCAUGGCGGGGAAAAAGGGCGGCGAAAACUCCAAAAAAGCGGCGGGCAAUGCAAGAAAAGCCGAAGCAGCCGCACAAAAAGAAGCUGCUGCAAACGCCAGGAAGGCCGAAGAGGAAGCCCGCGAGUGGUCCAAGGGAGCAAAAUCGAGUGCAAAGAAAGACCAAGCAGAAGCCAAAAAGGCAGAAUCAGCCCGCAAAAAAGCCGAGCGUGACGCCCAACUAGCAGCCGAAGAAGCAUCCCUACCCUCCAAGCCCAAAGGCGCGGGUAUAAAAGCCGCCGCGAAAAAGAACGUCAGCUCCGGCACCACUCGCGCCGGCACCCUCGAUCUCUCCCAGCUCGACGCUUCCGACGAGAAACCCACAAGCUACAACAAGGCCGCCCCGGCCCUCAACGCCUCUGGCAUCGACAACGCGCUCGACGCCCUCUCUCUAACCACCUCGCCCGGCACAGCCAAGAUCGAGCGCCAUCCGGAACGAAGGUUUAAAGCCGCGUAUACGGCGUUCGAGGCGCGGCGGUUACCGGAGAUUGAGCAGGAGCAACCCGGCCUGCGGAGGCAACAGCGCCUGGAGAUUGUGCGGAAGGAGUUUGAGAAGAGUGAGGAGAAUCCGUUUAAUCAGGUUAGCGUUGCUUUUGAUGCGACGAGGGAGGAGGUGAGGGCUGUUCAGGAGGCAGAGAAGAAGAAGAUUGAAGGGCGGCUAACGGGGAAGUCGGGUUUGUGAUGUGAUAUUUUUCUUGCUCCGUUUUGUUGAUUAUUACGUCUUUUCUGGGCGUGGUUUUUCAAAAGGGGACUGAUUUAGUUAGCCCGCUGUUUUCGCGUACAUAUUGUUACGGGUGAUGUCUUUUUCUUCACUUCUGCUCCGAAUGAAUGAUGCUGAUGGUUCGAUGAUUGCGACUUGGAUUUUAUCCACUUAACGCAGAUGGAUAUGACAUAUGAAACAUAGGGGUUUUUCUGGCUCCAUUUACU